AUGGCCGUCGAGGAGAAGCCGGGUGCGGCAGAGGCCGCCGACCCCAUUUCGCCGUCUCCUUCUGCCGUGCCGAGCGAGAAGCCCAAACGGAAUCUGGAACCCUUCACGUACAAUGAAGACGACGACGACGCUCUUGGCGCCCAUCCCGAGCAGCCGCACACCCCGACCGCCACCGAACACGACCUCAACGUCACCGAGGAUGAUCUCCUCGAAGCCAAGGAGCUCGCCUCCCAGUACACCCUCGAGCAGGUCCGCGACAUCAUGAUUCACGUCCGACGCAUCCACGAAAAGGACCCCAACUUCCCCACCAUUGUCAUUGAAAAAGUAAAGACGUUUCUCGACAACGAGGCCGUGUUUGAAAACCCCGACCAGCAUCAGCACCUCAUCCAAGAGAUGAAGCUCGAGGCCGCCCUCGUCACCAGCAACAGCCCCUACGCCGAGGUGCGCGCCGUCGUCAGCAACAAGGACGACCCGACCACGCCGUGCUCCACCGUCCGCAGCUGGUCCAUCGGCCUCCUCUUCUCCGUCCUGCUCGCCUUCAUCAACCAGCUCUUCGACAUUCGCCAGCCGGCCAUCCGGGUCAUGGCAAACGUGGCCCAGCUCCUCGCCUACCCCAUCGGCAAGGCCGCCGAGAACUGGCUCCCCGACAGGGGCUUCACCCUCUUGGGCGUCCGGCACUCGCUCAACCCCGGCCCCUUCUCCAAGAAGGAGCACAUGCUCAUCACCAUCAUGGCCAACGUCGCCUACAACACCCCGUACACAAACUACAUCAUCUGGGUGCAGUACCUGCCCCAGUACUUCGACCAGCCCUACGCCUCCCACUUUGCCUACCAGCUCCUCAUCGCCCUGGCGACCAACUUUGUCGGCUACGGCAUCGCCGGCAUCUGCCGCCGCUUCCUCGUCUACCCGUCCUACUGUGUCUGGCCGGCCUCGCUCGUCACCAUUGCCCUCAACUCGGCCUUUCACACCGACGUCAACCCGCCCGUGGGCGGGCCCUUCCGCUCCGUCUGGCGCAUCUCGCGCAUCCGCUUCUUCUACCUCAUGUUCGCCGCCAUGUUCGUCUGGUUCUGGUUCCCCAACUACAUCUGGCAGAGCCUGUCCAAGUUCAACUGGAUCAGCUGGAUCGCGCCGGGCCACCGGGACCUCAACAUCGUCACCGGCAUCAACAACGGCCUGGGCCUGAACCCCUUCCCCACCUGGGACUGGAACGUGCUCCUCUGGGACUCGGCCGACCCGCUCAUGGUGCCCUUCUUCAGCACGCUCAACCGCUUCAUCGGCGUCUUCUGCUCCUUCUGGGUCGUGCUCAUCUUCUGGUACAGGAACGUGUACAACACGGGCUACCUGCCCAUCAACACGAACCGCGUCUACGACCGCUGGGCCAACCUGUACAACAUCUCCCUGGCGACGGACGACCACGGGCUGUUCAACGGGCAAAAGUACGCCGGCUACUCGCCCCCGUACCUCGGGGCCGGCAACGUCGUCAUCUACAUGUUCUUCUUCGCCAUCUACACGUCGACGCUGACGUACGCCGUCCUGUACCACCGCCACGAGAUCAGCAUGGGCUUCAAGGCCCUCUUCUACAGCCUGCGGCUCAAGAGGAAGCCCGUCAAGGACGAGCGCGACCUGGACGUGCACAACAGGCUGAUGAAGGCGUACCCGGAGGUGCCCGAGUGGUGGUACAUGGUGUGCCUGGCCUGCGCCAUCGCCUUUGGCGUCGUCGGCAUCGUCGCGUGGGACACGCACACGUCGCCCGGCGUCGUCUUCUGGGGCCUCGCGCUGUGCGCCAUCUUUGUCAUACCCGUGGGCAUCAUCAAGGCCAUGACGGGCAUCGAGGUGACGCUCAACGUGCUCGCCGAGUUCGUCGGGGGCUCCUGGGUGGACGGCAACGCGCUGGCCAUGAACUACUUCAAGUCGUUUGGCUACGUCACCUGCGCCCACGCCAUCUGGUUCUGCAGCGACCUGAAGCUGGCGCACUACGUCAAGAUCCCCCCGCGCCAGACCUUUUCCGCCCAGAUGAUUGCCACCUUCCUGAGCACCAUUGUGUGCAUCGGCGUGCUCAACUUCCAGAUGAACAGCAUCCAAAACGUCUGCACGCCGCAGGCGCAGUACAAGCUCACCUGCCCCGGCGUCAACACCUUCUUCACCGCGUCCGUGCUGUGGGGCACCGUCGGCCCGGCCAAGGUCUUUGGGCACAAGGGCCAGUACAGCCAGACCCUGGUGGGCUUCCCGCUCGGCGUCAUCGUCGUCGUUCUGGUCUGGGGCCUGAACAAGAAGUUCCCCCGGUGGACGUGGGCUCGCCAGCUGCACCCCGUCGUCAUGCUGUACGGGGGGAUCGUGUGGGCGCCGUACAACAUGUCGUACGUCUGGCCCUCCGUGCCCAUUGCUUAUUUUUCGUGGAUCUAUCUCAAGACGAGGUUUCUUGGUCUGUGGUCCAAGUACAACUUUGUUCUUUCCGCCGCAUGGUCGUGCGGCAUCGCCAUUGCGGGCAUCAUCAUCUUCUUCAGCCUGCAGUACACCGAAACCGACUUUGACUGGUGGGGAAACAACGUGUCGGAGAUGGGCUGCGAAGGCAGCGCCUGCGCCCUCAAGACGCUCGCUCCGGGCGAGUCGUUUGGUCCGCAAAAGGGGCAGUUUAGCUGA